AAGCUGACAGCAAGAGAGCGAAUUCUGCUGCUGUUGGACCCCGACAGCUUUGAUGAAUAUGACAUGUUUGUGGAACACCGGUGCUCUGACUUUGGGAUGGACUCUGAUAAGAAUAAGUAUCCUGGAGACAGUGUGGUGACUGGCCGUGGACGGAUUAAUGGGAGACUGGCUUAUGUUUUCAGUCAGGAUUUUACUGUAUUUGGAGGUAGUUUAUCUGGAGCUCAUGCACAGAAGAUCUGUAAGGUCAUGGAUCAGGCUGCCAUGGUUGGAGCACCUGUGAUUGGGCUGAAUGACUCUGGAGGAGCCCGUAUCCAGGAGGGAGUGGAGUCCUUGGCUGGCUAUGCAGAUAUCUUUUUGAGAAACGUUCUGUGUUCUGGAGUGGUUCCACAGAUCUCCCUCAUUAUGGGUCCUUGCGCUGGUGGAGCUGUAUAUUCACCUGCUUUAACUGAUUUCACGUUCAUGGUGAAGGAUACAUCCUAUCUGUUCAUCACUGGCCCGGAUGUAGUUAAGUCUGUUACCAAUGAAGAUGUCACCCAGGAGCAGCUUGGGGGUGCGAAGACGCACACUGCUGUAUCUGGAGUCGCACACAGAGCCUUUGAGAACGAUAUAGAUGCUUUACUUAAUCUCCGAGAGUUCUUUAAUUAUUUACCUCUUAGUAACCGUGAUCCAGCUCCAGUCCGUGAAUGUUAUGAUCCCAGUGACCGUCUGGUUCCUGAGCUGGACACGGUUGUCCCAGUUGAAUCUACUAAAGCCUACGAUAUGCUGGAUAUCAUACACUCCAUUGCUGAUGAAAGGGAGUUCUUUGAGAUCAUGCCUGCCUAUGCCAGAAACAUUGUCGUUGGAUUUGCCAGGAUGAACGGAAGGACUGUUGGGAUAGUGGGCAACCAACCCAAAGUCGCAUCAGGGUGCCUGGACAUAAAUUCUUCUGUGAAAGGAGCCCGCUUUGUUCGGUUCUGCGAUGCUUUCAACAUACCAUUGAUCACUUUUGUUGAUGUUCCCGGAUUUCUGCCAGGCACAGCUCAGGAGUACGGUGGAAUCAUACGUCACGGUGCAAAACUGCUGUUUGCCUUUGCAGAAGCAACUGUGCCUAAAAUCACCAUAAUCACCAGAAAGGUAAGCUGGCACA